AACCUUUCUGGGCCUCUGACCAAAGGCAACAGUGUCUCAGCUUCUCGGAGCUAUGACUGAAAUUCGUGUUGUUGCCAAUGAAGCAUGAACCCUAAGUGACUGACGGAUUUAAUUCGGAAUCCUAUCGGAUCUGUCUGUUCCGUGCGUAGCACAAUUAGUCGACGAGAUGGCCCUGACUUAAUGUUCUGAAGUGUUUCGGAGCCAAUCUGUGUUGGAACAAUUGCUCUCAAUUGCUUGGCCGCUAGACAUGAAGCGAAGAGAGCAAAGACAGCCUCCUUGUCUAACAGACGUGGAGUCAGAUAGAUUAAGUUGCUUACCGGGUCAUGUUAUAGACCAAAUUUUGUCACAUUUGUCAAUUCGGGAAGCAGUGAGGACAAGUGUUUUAUCCAGCAAAUGGAGGUACAAAUGGUCUACACUACCUACUCUUGUGUUUGAUAACCAUUGUCUCCCCAUAUCUUCCCAAGACCAUUCAAUUAUCAAGAACAAGCUUGUUAGAAUUAUUGAUCAUGUGCUUUUGCUUCACUCUGGUGCAAUAAACAAGUUCAAGCUCUCCCAUCGUGAUCUAAUUGGUGUGACUGACAUUGAUCGUUGGACUCUUCAUCUAACCAGAAGGUCUAUCAAAGAGCUUGUGCUGGAAAUCUGGAAAGGGCAUCGCUACAAGAUACCCUCUUGCUUGUUUACAUGCCAAAGUUUAAUUCAUUUGGAAUUAUUUAACUGCUGGCUUAAGCCUCCAUCAACAUUUAUAGGCUUCAGGAACUUGAAGAGUCUUGAUUUACAGCAUGUUACGAUGGAUCAGGAUGUGUUUGAAAACAUGGUAUCUAACUGCCUGCUACUUGAACGUCUAACAUUGAUGAACUUCGAUGGCUUCACUCAUCUCAACAUUGAUGCGCCGAAUCUUCAGUUUUUUGACAUUGGAGGCAAAUUUGAGGAUGUUAGAUUUGAGAACACCUUCCAUUUAGCUGUUGUAUCCAUUGGUUUGUAUUUGAACCUUGAAAAUGAGAAAAAUAGAUGGCAAGGAAGUUCUAGUAAUUUGCUCAAGUUCUUUGUUCAUCUACCUCAUGUUAGAAGGUUGGAGGUUCAAAGCUAUUUUUUAAAGUAUUUGGCAGUAGGAGUUGUGCCGCUAAAGCUCCCUAGACCAUGCGUAGAUUUAACUUAUCUUUCCAUACGCAUCAAUUUCAACGAUUCCAAGGAAAUUUCAGCUGCCUUGUGCCUUUUAAGGAGUUCUCCGAAUCUUCAGGAACUGGAAGUGUUGGCUCGCACUGAGGAGCAGCAGACUACUCUGGGAACACAGGCCUACUGUUGGGAGGAUGACUAUUGGAAUUGCCCGGUGAUGCAACUGCAAUUUGUUAGGAUAGACGGUAUCUCUGGCAUCAAACCCGAGCUAGAUUUUAUCAGCUUUCUGCUUUUAUAUUCUCCCGUGCUAGAACGGAUGACUGUGAAACCUGCUUCUUCAAAUGGCGAAUCAGAGUUAAUGAAAGAAUUGUUGCGGUUCAGGAGAGCAUCUGAACGAGCUGAAAUUAUAUACUUGGAUCCUUGAUGCUAGAUUUUAUGUGUACAUAAAUCUCUCUGUAUUUGGCCGGGCAGCAGGCUUGUGAGCGGCGUGGUGAAUAUCCUGUGGAUCCUGACACUUAUCUUCGUUGACUACUGUGCCAAGUAUGGCUACCUUUUAUUCGCCCGGGUUGUUUAUUGGGCGCCUUUUAACCGUGAUUAAAAUUUCAAUUUCAAUGCAUUUUUGGUUUGGCGUUUAGUUAAA